AUGGAAGCCGUUCGUUGCGUUGCCGCUCAACGUCUCUCUAGUUUCCCCUCGCAAAUUCUAUCCGCCAAGAUACCGCGGUGCAUCACCAAGGACAGCCCAACCGUCCUUCGAGUCUCGUGCGAGUCCUCUGCCGAAUCAACCCUAAGCCGAAGCGCGGCGAGGAAGAGCUCCGAUGCCGACACGUGGCAAGACGUGGAGCGCCGUUCGCCUUUCCUAGAGCGCGAGACCACAGGCUUUGUCAGCAACAGCGUGUAUCUCGCCGACUCAGCAACGCUUCUACCCGGAAGCCACACGCCUCUCGUCGACGAAGAUGGUUACAGCCGCGAUUUCGAAGAGGACGAACGCUUGACGCGGAUCGGCGAGAGCGUCGACGCGUGGGAGGACCGGAAAGUCGGCGAGUUCAUGACCCCGAACCCGUUGUGUUUCCGAAAAGAGACGUCGCUAUGCGCCGCGGCGAAGGCUCUUCUGCGGUAUCGUCUCACCGGAGCGCCGGUCGUGGAGCCUCUCGAGGGGGACGCGGUGGGAAUGGGUCGGCUCGUUGGCGUGCUGUCGCAACGGGAUCUUCUCUGGAAGCAGCGGAAGCCUUUUCCUUCUGAAGAGGACAAGAUUCACCGCCUCUCGUGCUACUACGGCAACUUAAACCACGGGCCGAUGGUGGACACGCUGAGACAUCAAAUCACGAAAAUUAUGAGCGAGAAGGUUGGCGAGUCAAUGACAGACACGCCCAUCUAUGUCGAAGCGGACGCGCGGGUCUCAGACGCUGCAGAGCUGAUGCUCAAUCAUAAUAUUGCCCGUCUGCCGGUUGUUGCACCAGUUGGCGACGACGACGGACGGAUGACGGUGGUGGGAAUAAUCACGGAAAGCGACGUUCUCAGGCAUACACACAGGAUGCUUUGA